GGAGCAAUUGAGGUUUGCGUCACUGAGGUACGAGGCUGAAUUGGCAUCGAGCGGCGACUCAUCGGAAGGUCGAGGAAUCGAGUAAGUUAUAAUUUGUAUCUCAAUCGCUCUUCUAGGGUUGUUUUACUUGAUUGAUUAAUUGAUAUAGUUGUUGUUAUCAUCCGAAUCGAAUCGAAUUGAAUUGUGAUUGAGAAUGGGAAAGAACGAUUUUCUUACCCCAAAGGCAAUAGCUAACAGAAUCAAAGCCAAAGGGCUACAGAAACUGAGAUGGUAUUGUCAGAUGUGUCAGAAACAAUGUCGUGAUGAGAAUGGUUUCAAGUGUCAUUGUAUGAGUGAGGGGCAUCAACGCCAGAUGCAAGUUUUUGGCCAGAACCCUAACCGUGUCGUCGAUGGCUAUACGGAGGAGUUUGAGGCUACUUUUCUCGAGCAUAUGAAGAGGAGUCAUAGGUUUAGUCGGAUUGCGGCUACGGUUGUUUAUAAUGAGUAUAUUGCGGAUAGGCACCAUGUUCAUAUGAAUUCUACUCAGUGGGCUACUUUGACUGAUUUUGUUAAGUAUUUGGGGCGGACGGGGAAGUGUAAGGUCGAGGAGACGCCCAAGGGGUGGUUUAUUACGUAUAUUGAUCGGGAUUCAGAGACGCUUUUUAAGGAGAAGAUGAAGAAUAAGAGGGUGAGGGCUGAUUUGGUGGAUGAGGAGAAGCAGGAGAGGGCUAUUAAGAGGCAGAUUGAGCGGGCUGAACAGACGGUUCCGGUGAAUGAGGUUGAGGUCGAGGUUGAGGAUAAGUUGUUUAAGAGAGAUGAGAAUGAUGAUAGCAAAAUUAAGAUUAAGCUCGGGACGGGGAAUAAGAAUGUGGUGAAAGAGAGGGGUGAGAGUUCGAGAUUGGUGUUUGAUGAUGCUGCUGAAAAUGGGGGGAGUAAGAAAGAGAGAGCAAAGAAAGAUGGUAAUGAGAAAGCUGGUGGAAAAUCGGCUUUGGAUGAGUUGAUGAGGGAGCAAGAGAAGGCCAAAGAGCGUACUAAUAGGAAGGAUUACUGGUUGUGGGAGGGAAUUGUUGUUAAGGUUAUGAGCAAGCCUUUGGCGGAGAAGGGUUAUUACAAGCAAAAAGGUGUUGUUCGUAAAGUGAUUGAUAAGUAUGUUGGAGAAAUUGAAAUGAUUGACACUAAGCAUGUCCUUAGAGUGGACCAAGAGGAGCUUGAGACAGUUAUCCCCCAAAUUGGUGGCCUGGUGAAAAUUGUUAAUGGUGCUUAUCGUGGAUCAAAUGCCAAGUUAUUAGCCAUUGAUACAGAUAAAUUUUGUGCUAAGCUGCAGAUUGAGAAAGGAAUAUAUGAUGGAAGGGUUCUGCCAGCUGUUGAAUAUGAAGAUAUAUGCAAAAUUCUCCAGUGAUGCAAGAUUUUGUCAGCCCCCAUUUACAUUCUUCUUCUCUUAAAGUUCUGUGUAGAUAUUUGCUGGGAUGCCUUUCACUCAAGUAAGAUCCCUAACAUCGUGAUUAGAUCAGCCCCAUCCAUUUCAGUGCCUGACCUAUUUUCUGGUUUAGAUUGUCUCAUGACUUGCCAGAAGGUGCAGACCAGAGUCUCAGACAAACAAUUUUACCCAUUCAAAAUGGCUUAGAAUAAGUAAAAAGCUACCUGAUACGGCUUCCCGAGUUCUUGUGAUGUCGGUGCCUGUUCUGCUCGGGUUCAUGUCUUCGCCAACCUCCAGUAUUGCAAAUUUUUUAACUUGAUCUUUGUCAAAUGUUGAAGGUGGCUUAACUUGAUUGGCGAUUAUACAUCAGUGUGCAUUAAUAUCUGUUAUUAUUGAUAGAUCUUGUUGACAGUAUACAAUGAAGGUACAGGGGAAGCAGGAAGUAAUCAAUGGGCAAAAUGACCAAAUUUGCUCAAAAAUACUGGGCAAGUGACCAAAAUGGUUUUUUCAGAGAUAUUAAUGGCACCUUAUUGCAAUUUGCACCUGCAAAACACAUCUGAACAAUGUAUAACACUUCAAACACAAUUGUUUGUGUGUGUAAUUUUUUUUUUUAUAUUAUUAUUUUUGACUACAAACACA